UUUUAAAGUAUAAUAACGAAUUUUAGGUUUGCUGAGUGCGGGGGCCAUGGGUCUAUGGCAUGCAGUUGAAUUUUAUGAAAAAGAGAAGGUGGUAGGAGAAGAAUAUUAUCAACAAUGGAAUUCCGUGCUACGCGAAAACGCAAGGACAUUCUACGACUGGAGCUACGCGCUCGCGUGGGUCGGGGUGGGAUGGUCGUUGCUAGGGGCUGUUCUGUUCUCCGGAGCCGCCGUCUGUCUGAGAGGCGAACGGGAACGGGAGGAGGCCAUCAACAUGCAAUACUUGAUGCCCGUUUACCCCCAAAAGCAGCAGUACGCGUAUGCAGGAUACGCUGUACCCCCUCCACAGGCUUAUCCUGCUCCUUACUACACAACAGGCUCGACGUAUGGUCCAUACAAUUAUUAAAAAAAAUCCCCUUAACAAUGAUUAAGUAAUACUUUUAUUAAAUUUCUUCGGCUAUUUGACAGACUGAGUCGUUUUCGUUAAUACUCAUGAUCAGACAAUUUGAUUUAAAAACAUACACCUACACAGUAAAUUAAUUUAUAGAUUUUUGGAGUAAUUUUUUUUUUUUCAAAUUUAUGAGGUAUUAAUAGUGCAAUUAAGACUAUUAUUAAUUAACUAAUUUUUAAGGAAAUCCGGUCAGAUUACACAUAAUAUUUACAUUGUCCCAAAAUCGCCCCCCACCCCUCUUCUAGUAUGUUGUACAUAACAAUUCAUAAAAUUAAAAAAAAGUGGUACUUUUGAUAUCACAUAAUCAAUUAGGCAACAACAAAAUCACUAUUGUGUUAUCCAGUAAAAUUUAUUUGCCAUGGAAACUGAAAGCCAAAGGCCAAAUAAAAAUGUUCAAUGAAUUUGUUAGGUGAAUAGAAAGUAAUUGUAUAAAAUAUUCAUAAUAAGUACUUAAUUAUACCUAUCAUAAUUAUUAUUAAUAUAAUUUAGCAAUAAC